AUGCACAACCAACAACUCAACCCGAUCGAAGGCCACGCAGUGGCUGACUCCUUACCAGUGGUCAUAGGCAACAACGGCCAUAAAGAUAUCAACAUUCCGCAUGGCAAAGGUGAUUUAUCAACGUAUAGCAAGUUUUUGGCCAUAUAUUCUAGAAGUCCAGAAACAUAUACCCUAUAUGACUUGCAGGACAAGCAAGAGUCCUCUUUCGCAGCUAACUGGAAUAAGUUUGUCGAAGUUUUGAAGAACACCAAGGGUUUUAAGAAGGCAAACGGCGUGACCGAAUACAUGAUUUCAGCCGCUGACGCCGACAGGUAUAUUAGCUUCGGUAACAUAGCCAUCAAGGUUUCGGAGUACGAAAAGGAGGGUGAAGAUCAAAUUCGUGGAGUGGUCACUUCCAUCGAACACGAGAAUGACUUCAACGACUGGUUCAUCUGGCAUAUGCUAGACCAGUCGCGCUUGGACAGCAACUCAGUUCCAAAGAUGGUCGACGCUCAGGAGGAGGGCAAGAACUACGCUAAAUUAUUCUGCGAGUUCUUUGCCAAGGAAAUGAAGAAUACCAUCCAAGAAGAUGAGUGGAACAGCGGCGGCUAUGAGCAUUUUUUGGAAAAGGUCAGAUAUUUUACCGACCGUAACGUACGGAUUCAAUGCGUGUUGCCCGCCUUCCCCUGCAAAUCAUCGAACUUAAAUAAGGUCCAUGGUGCUGUUCCAGACAAGGGGGAAGAAUUUGCCCUAAGGAGAUUGGUGAAAUUCACCGAGGACGUCUGCGCAUUUUACCCACCCGGGAUCAAGGUCUGGAUCGUAAGCGACGGUCACGUAUUCAGCGACUGUAUUGGCGUCGACGACGACGCCGUUGACAAGUACACGGCGACGUUACACAGAUUAUACAAAGGCAUUGCCAAACCCGGUUCAGACGACAUUGGGUUCUAUGGGCUAAAGGACGUUUUCUUCAACGGCGCAGCGGCAAAGAAGUUCGACCUGUCAUGGGUACCUCAAGAAAACUUGGAUCACUUCUGCGGAACCAAGAUUUGCGAAGACUCUGAGUUGUCCAGGAAGAUUUUGAUGAAAGGCUGUGACACCGACGAUGGUAGAUUGAGAAAGCAGAUUGAAAUUCCUGGACACCCUCGUCUCCACCUCUACAGAGGAUUCUCCAGGUUCAUGGUCGAGGAUUUGUGCUUGUUGCCAUUCUUCCAAAAUACCUCACGUAAAUAUUUCAAGAAGACUGUUUGCAAGGUCGCCUUUGAGAUGAUCAAGCGGAACGACGCAUAUUCCAACUUGGUGGAAUUGGUGUUCCCUCACCACCUUCGGUUCUCGAUUCAUGCGCACACCAACAGCGGUCCCAAGUUCGGCAUAAAGGUAAUUUCUCCAGAAACAUGCAAGACGGUGCGCACGUUGGACUCCGACGAAGAACCCACAUUUGAGGAUUUAUUGCACAUCCCGACGCCAUGGCACAACUGUGUUGUCAAUAUCGGCAACGACUAUUUCUUGGCAAAAAACAGGAUCGUGAAAGAGGCAUUGGAUAGCGGAGCGUACCAGGGGAAAUGGGUCGAAGGUGACAUCGAGCAUGGCCAAGGUGGCUACUGGGUUAUAAACAAGGUGUGA